GCCCGCCCGCGCGGCUCGAGCUCCGGCUCCUGCGUGGUGGGACGGCGGCGCGCGCGGCUGCUCAGCUCUCAGCGCUCCGAGCGCCAGCCGCCAGCAUGGACUCUCGCCGCGUGCCGCAAAAGGAUCGCAGAGCAAAGAAGAACUUCAAGAAAUUCAGAUAUGUGAAGUUGAUUUCCAUGGAAACCUCGUCAUCCUCUGAUGACAGUUGUGACAGCUUUGCUUCUGAUAAUUUUGCAAACACAAAACCUAAAUUCAGGUCAGAUAUCAGUGAAGAACUGGCAAAUGUUUUUUAUGAGGACUCUGAUAAUGAAUCUUUCUGCGGCUUUUCAGAAAGUGAGGUGCAAGAUGUGUUAGACCAUUGUGGAUUUUUACAGAAACCAAGGCCAGAUGUCACUAACGAACUGGCCAGUAUUUUUCAUGCCGACUCUGAUGAUGAAUCGUUUUGCGGUUUCUCAGAGAGUGAGAUACAAGAUGGAAUGAGGCUGCAGGCAGACCACGCGGGCUGUCGGACCCGCAGUCAGUGCAGAACUUCCGGACCUCUCCGGGUGGCCAUGAAGUUUCCAACUCGAAACACCAGGGGAGCAUCCAACGAGAGAGCAGCGCCCCCCGAACCCUCAGAGAAUUCUGUGACUGAUUGCGAUUCUGACUCAGAAGAUGAAAGUGGCAUGAAUUUUUUGGAGAAAAGGGCUUUAAAUAUAAAGCAAAACAAAGCAAUGCUUGCAAAACUAAUGUCAGAAUUAGAAAGCUUCCCUGGCUCCUUCCCUGGAAGGCGUUCUCUGCCAGGCUCCAGUUCACGUCCAAAGACACCCCGAAGGCGCACAUUCCCAGGUGUCGCCUGCAGGAGAAACCCUGAGCGGAGAGCUCGUCCUCUUACCAGGUCAAGGUCUCGGGUCCUUGGGUCGCACAGUGCCCUGCCCAUGGAGGAGGAGGAGGAGGAGGAGGAGGAGGAGGAGGAGGAGGCGGAUAAGUACAUGUUGGUGAGAAAGAGGAAGCCCAUGGCCGGCUACAUGAACGAAGAUGACAUGCCCCGAAGUCGUCGCCCUGGAUCCAUGACCCUUCCCCAUAUAAUUCGCCCAGUGGACGAAAUCACGGAGGAAGAAUUGGACAACAUCUGCAACAACUCUCGAGAGAAGAUCUAUAACCGUUCAUUGGGAUCGACUUGUCAUCAGUGCCGCCAGAAAACUAUGGAUACCAAGACAAACUGCAGAAACCCAGAGUGCUGGGGCGUUCGAGGCCAGUUCUGCGGGCCCUGCCUUCGAAACCGUUAUGGUGAAGAAGUCAGGGAUGCUCUGCUAGACCCAAACUGGCACUGCCCACCGUGUCGCGGGAUCUGCAACUGCAGCUUCUGUCGGCAGAGAGACGGGCGGUGUGCAACUGGGGUGCUCGUGUAUUUAGCCAAGUACCACGGCUUCGGGAACGUGCAUGCUUACUUGAAAAGUCUAAAACAGGAGUUUGAAAUGCAAGCAUAAUAAUUGGAAGAUCCACUACCUGCCUUCCACUUCACAAAUCUUCCUUGUUUUAAAGUUUUCAAUUUUGUCAUGUGAUUGAAGCCCGAGUUUAAGAAUUCUGAUGAUCAGUCUGUCUUAUAGGCAAAUCAAGUUAACCUCAUUAGACAUGCCUGCAUGUCUGGGCGUCAGGGGGGUGUAGUGCCAGCUGUACUCUGCCCUCCUGCAGUUUCUGCUUUGCAUUUCCCCCCACCCCUCAUCCCAUGCCAUCCCCCUCUUAUUUCCAGUGGUUCUCUUCCAUCAUUUAGUUUCAGAAUCCUUUUUAAAUGACAAUUUUAUGAAAGCAUGUUUGAUUUAAUUGGUGUUGAAAUAGCCCUGGAAUCCACCCAUAAAACCAAGCACUUAGAAACGCAGUAGUAGUGUUAACUAACUACAUCUCUCGAUUUCCAGAGACUAGCCCUCUAACUUGCUUACGUGAAAACACUGGGUCUGAUGUAGUGUUCGCUGACAUUUUUAACAGAAUCAAGGCACAAAAGUCUUAAAACCAUGUGGAAAAAUUAGGUGAUUGUUGGCAAGUGGAGUAUAUGACUGUGGAGGCCUCACGGUGGAGGCCUGUGGAGGAGAAUAUUCCAUGUAUUGUGUUCCAUGUAUUGUGCUUAUUAUUCAAGUUGUCACAGUUGAGGCUUAGUUGCUGCUGAUUUCUUCCACCAAGUGCAUCUGGCCCACACGGUCACGACCCAAAGGUUCUCGUGCAGUGCUAUGCUUGAAAUCAUUGUAGAAAAGCCAUCCUGGGGAACUGGGACGGGGAGCCUUCAGUAGUAGGCCGAUUUGAAUUCAUGGAAUAAAACUUCAGGAUAAUUGUAGUUUGCCACGUUUAUUUCAGUUCAUAACGUAAGGUAUUUCAAAUAAAUUCUUGCUUAUGUUGCAUGGAAAAUUGAUACUUAUACUCAGCUACAAUUCUUUGCAGUUUUUACUUUCUUGAAGAAAUUAUAAGCCAGGCACAGGGUUCACAUUCAGGUUUGAAGCACUUUUAUAACACUGAGAAGUGCCUUUUUGGAGAAGGGUGACUUUCAACAGUUUGCUAACUUGACAUCUCUGCCAGUUUAGUUUCUGGGCAGAGUCCAUGUGUCGUCUCUCCCUCCCCCUGUUUCGGCAUGAAUCAAAUCGUUCGAUAGAGGUAGAAUCUAAGUGUGUGUGUGUUCAUUUUGCUUUGCGUCUGUAGCCCGUAGCUGUGCCCGUGCAGUGUUUGGUGCAUAAUUGGACCUUGAAUCAAUAAAUGUAAAUAGAGCAUUUGAUCUGUUAUGCUUUUAUACAAAGUUUUUUAUUUUAAUAAUAAAACAUUUUGUUCUAGCUUGUCUGCUUUUUAAAAAAUCUUUGAUACUCAAUCUUACUGCACUGAGU